GCCACGCGUCGGAAUUCGGCCCGGGGGAGAACAGCCCAGCGCGAAAGACACGCGGUGGGGAACGCUGUGGUAUUGUGGUGCCUGUUCCAGGAACCAUGCAUUUCUUACCCAGAUUAAUCGUUUUCUUUUACCUGUGGGGCUUUUUUACUGCUCAGGGACAAAAGAAAGAAGUGGACCCAGAGGAAGUGAAAAUAGAAGUUUUGCAUCGUCCAGAAAAUUGCUCUAAGACAAGCAAGAAGGGAGACCUGCUAAAUGCCCAUUAUGACGGUUACUUGGCUAAAGAUGGCUCGAAAUUCUACUGCAGCCGGACACAAAAUGAAGGUCAUCCCAAAUGGUUUGUUCUUGGUGUUGGACAAGUCAUAAAGGGCCUAGACAUUGCUAUGAUGGAUAUGUGCCCUGGAGAGAAGCGAAAAGUGAUUAUACCUCCUUCAUUUGCAUAUGGAAAGGAAGGUUAUGACGGCAAGAUUCCACCUGAUGCAACAUUGAUUUUUGAGAUUGAACUUUAUGCUGUGACCAAGGGACCACGGAGCAUUGAAACAUUUAAACAAAUAGACACAGACAAUGACCGGCAACUCUCUAAAACAGAGAUAAAUCAUUACUUGAAAAAGGAAUUUGAAAAAGAUGAGAAGCCACGUGACAAGUCCUAUCAGAAUGCAGUUUUAGAAGAUAUUUUUAAGAAGAAUGAUCAUGAUGGUGAUGGCUUCAUUUCUCCCAAGGAAUACAAUGUAUACCAACAUGAUGAACUAUAACAUAUUUUUAUUUCUACAUUGUUUUGCUACUUACUGUACUUAAUACAUAACACAAAGUCAUUUUUCUCCAGAUUGUGUUUCUGUGUUUCCCCUGUGAGAUGUUUUCCCCCUCAAUACAUGUAAUUUUGUUUAAUAAAUGUGAUGCCGUUUUGCAAAUUUAACUCUCAGAAAAGGUAUGAUUGUGUUUCCUGUUGUUUUAUUCUGUGAACACAAAUUGCAGCACAAUGAAAUGGACCUGUACCCCAGUGGGCAAUAUUUCCCCCUCCAGGGUAUAAGAGCACACGUCAAAAUCUGCAAGCUCUUCCCAACUCUAACCUGAACAGUAUGUAUAAAUAUGUAAAGAUCCAAUAUUUUAGAUGUUAAAAUGUUCCAUAUUUUUUAAAUAUGCAGUAGGGACCCAGGAACUACUAAUUUCACCCAUUAAUGUAUUUCAUAACAUUAUUGAAAGAAUUGUAUAAAAAUCAGGAUUAAAGUAUCUUCCCUUGGUAUGCAUGAAGGAAGAUUUUAGUCCUAUGUAUCUGUGCCACAAAAAACUGCUACACAGACUCUACUUUUUUGGUGUAAGCUUCUGUCCUUGCAUAUUUGUUCCAGGUGGGAAUGCUCAGAGAUAUUUGACCAGAAUAAAGACUUUUUGCCUCUUAUGACAGGCAUAAAGAUCAUACUUCUCAGACGUUAUUGUAAAUGUGCUUUUCUCUUCCUUCUCAUAGACUUUUAUAUCUACCACCCCUUUUUGUCUUCAUAGUUUUCAAUUGAUGCCAUGGAGUUUCUUAGUUACCAGUACCCUUUCUCUAGAACUUUGCUCAUGUCAUUUCAUUUUACAACAUUCCUAUCAUUAAUGGUGAAUGAUGAUUAUGAAUUGGCAUGCUGUCAAAUUUUGGUAACUAUAAAACUUCCACUUUUACUCCAAAUGAGGAUAUACAGAGCUAGGUCAAUUUUGUGUCAAAUCAUGAUGUGGUCUACUGUUACAUUUUAGACAUGAGGUGUCCCCCAAAAGCUCAUGUUUGAAACAAAUUGAGAAUUUUCAGAGGUGAAAUGAUGAGAUUAUGAGAGCUAUGACCUCAUUCGUGGGUUAAAACACUGAUAGAUUAAGUGGAUGGGAAGUGUGGACAGAUAGAGUGUGGUUGGGGGAGAUGGGUCACAGAGGGUAAGCCUUUCAGGUUUUGUCAUUGGUAAGCAGAGCUCAGUUUCCUGGUGGCCAUGUCCUAAGCUGCUUUCCUCUUCUGCCAUAAUAUUCUGCCUUAUCUCAGGCCCAGAGAAAUGAAGCUGGCCAUGUAUGGACUGAGACUCUGAAAUCAGGUCUUUUGGUCACUGUGAUGAAGAAAAACAUCUACCUUGUUGCAAGUAAUACAUAAAAGAUGCUAUAAAAGAUCACUGUGCCAAAGAAAAGGCACAUAUUUAUUAAAGCAUAUAAAAUUUUGCAUAAUACAUAACAUACAUAUAUGGGGAAGUAUGGUCAGGCAGUACAUAGCUCUGCUCAAAAUAAGUGAGUAUGAUACAAAGGUUUUCUGUUUCUGAAACUUGCUCUUUCUAAACCAUUGCUUAUCUUUUAACUCAUUCAAAUACAAAGCCAGAAAUUCUUUUUAAAAGUCUAGGGGGUAAUACAGAAACCACCACAUUAAUAAAUACUUGUUUUUACUUACUUACCAUCUUUAUUAUCUUUACUAUCUUCUUUCCUCCUAGUAUUUUUUUGCUUCUGUACUCAAUUUUCUAACACCUUUUCAUUUGCUUAACUAUAACUCCUUCAUCAUUUUACUUCCCUCAGAAAAGCCUGCUCUGUCAACCUAAACUAAGUAAAUAAUUCUAUUAUUAUAUUUUGGUUUAAAAACUGCCACCAUUCUCUAUAUCCAUAAUUUUAAAAUCACUAGAUCCUUUAUGAUCAGUAUACUCAUACUUCAUUUAAACAAUAUACUCUACCCAAACCAAAAUACAGUAAAAUAUAUAUGGAAAUUUUCUUAUGAUCCAAACUUUAUAAUUCUACUUUUUCUGAUUCAUUAGUGUUUGUGUACUUUUAAGUUUAUUUCUUUUAAGUAU